GGAGGUUGUGAACACCUGGGGAUAAAGUAGUCCCUGGAGUGAGGGUGCAGACCAGGGGCUGGUCUCUUGGGUUUAGGCCUUCAUCUCUCCCUCGGCCGGAGAGUGCAGGGGUGGGACCUUGCUUCAAGUGGUUCCUUUGCCAAGCGGAGUUACUGCCCUAAAACCAGCUCCGGCCCCUGCGGCCUUUUCUGAGUUAAAGGGGACCCUGAACCUGCCCAUUUCCUUCACUCCUUUCCCCUCCUGGCGCUUUCAGCUUUGCUGCCUCAGUGAUAAUUAGGGAGGGGGGAGCUUUCUAGGGGAAGGAGAAGGUGGUAAGAGGCCGGAGUGUGGGUGGAGGGAGUAGACUGAAGGCAAGAGGAUCUGGGCAUAGAGAGGACAUGGGUGUGCCAGAGGGGAAGGAAGGAAAGAAGCAGGGGGUGUAAGGGAGAAGAAGGCUGUGGGGACAACUGGGAAGCAAGUGCGGGCAGAGAAAACCAAAUGACACAGGGCUGGGAGUGAAAUCAGGCCCGGCAAGCAGUAAGGUUGGCAGAGAGGGGAGGAGAGCAGGUGAAGAUGGUGCCAAUAUGAAAAGAACUGGUGUGAGGGGUUAGGAGGGUAGAGGCCAUGGGAUGAGAAUUGAGAGCAGGCAGAAAGGGCUACAGUUGUUCCCUUAGCCUUUCCUGUUUAAUCAGGCCAUUCCCCCACAGCAAGCUUCCCAGUGGGGUGGCAGGUUGUGUGUGAAUCAGAUGCUCUGCUCAGUCUAAGGAGCGUACUGCAUAAGUGAAUUCUCUUCUUGCUCAGUUGUUUCUGACAUGUGGCUCUACAUUAGAAGCACUAGCUAGAGCUGUCUCUAAGAAGGGAUUUGCCACAAGUGUAAAUGAGAUUAGAUUUUCCUUAUUUUUAGGAUGGGGGACGGAAGCUGAUUUACAUGUGAUUCUGUCUCUGUAAGAGAGAGACUUUGGAAGCAUAGAUACUCUCAGAAAAAUAUUCCUGGAGCAGUUUAACCCGUGAUGCUUUGGCAGCUAAUAAUCUAAUGGGAAAAAUUCUCUCUCAGUGACCAAGAAAAAUUUGUGACUGGUUGCUGGUGUGAACAACAGUUGAGCUAAAUAAGCUCCUUUCCUUCUCCUUUACCUUGACCUAUUUCCAGUACUGUACCUAUAGGAUGAACGACUACACUCCCUCAGGCCUAGAUGGCAAGGUUCAGAAAACUCUGAAAAAGAUCUUUGGGUUUGACUCCUUUAAAACAUCUCUGCAAGAGAGUGCAACCAUGACAGUGGUGAAAGGACCAAGUGGAUCAUUUGUUGGCACUGAAGGUCAAAGUCUACUCUUUGAACUCCAAGCUUUCUGCUCAGGAAAGGAAGAUCAUUCUGGCCGACUUAGCAAGCGAGAAGCCCCAGGUGAAGCUCCUGUAUAUCACCCCAGAGAUGGCAGCCGCCUCCUCCUUCCAGCCCACCCUGAACUCCCUGGUGUCUCGAAACCUCUUGUCCUACCUAAUAAUAGAUGAGGCUCACUGCGUCUCCCAGUGGGGACAUGACUUCCGACCCGACUACCUGCGACUGGGCUCCUUACGCUCUCGCAUACCCAACACGCCAUGCAUCGCCCUGACUGCCACAGCCACCAAACAGGUCCAGGAUGACAUAGUGGUGUCACUUAAGCUAAAGCAACCUAUUGCCACCUUUAAGACGCCUUGCUUCAGAUCUAACCUGUUCUAUGAUGUGCAGUUUAAGGAGCUCUUGACUGAUCCCUAUACGAAUCUGAAGGAUUUCUGUCUGAAGGCCCUUGAAGAGAAGAAUGCCCGAGGGGUAUACUCUGGCUGUGGCAUUGUGUACUGCAGGAUGAGAGAGGUCUGUGACCAAUUGGCUAUUGAGCUGAGCUACAGAGGAGUGAAAGCCAAGGCCUAUCAUGCAGGGCUGAAGGUAGCAGAGAGAACUUCAAUUCAGAACGAGUGGAUGGAGGAGAAGGUCCCUGUUAUUGUUGCUACCAUCAGUUUUGGAAUGGGAGUCGACAAAGCUAAUGUCAGAUUUGUUGCCCAUUGGAAUAUUGCGAAGUCAAUGGCUGGAUAUUACCAGGAGUCUGGAAGGGCUGGGAGAGAUGGGAAGCUGUCCUGUUGCCGUCUCUAUUACUCUAGGAAUGACCGGGAUCAAGUCUCCUUCCUGAUCAAGAAGGAGCUCUCUAAACUCCAGGAGAAGAGAGGCACCUUGAAAGAAUCCGAUAAAGCUGUGCUGACGGCCUUUGAUGCUAUAGUGAACUUCUGUGAAGAGCUGGGAUGUCGCCAUGCUGCCAUAGCAAAGUACUUUGGAGAUGUCACCCCCCCUUGUAACAAGUGCUGUGAUUACUGCAAGAACCCAGGAGCAGUGAAAAAGCAGCUGGAUUCCCUGGAGCUUAUCAGCAACAGCUGGAGCAGAACCUGCAUUAGACCCACAGGUUCCUCUCGGGACACCUAUGACCCAGAGCUAUAUGAAGGAGGGAGGAGAGGCUCCGGAGGCUUUAGCAGGUAUGACGAAGAAAACCGUGGGAGUGGGGAUGAAGCCAGUGAGGAAAAUCGGAAACGAGAGUGGUACAACUUCUACAAAAAGCAGAUGAAUCUGCGUAAAGGCAAAGAACCAGAAAAGGAUGACUUUGUCCCUCCAGAUGCAGGCUGCCCCCUGAAAGACGCCGCCAGCCGGAAAAUCUCCAAACUCACGGUCAAGGCCCGAGAACACUGCUUGAAGAUGUUGGUAGAAGCUCUGAGCAACAACCAGAAGGCAGCCCCGACAGGACAUGGGUCAGACCCUCCCGCCUGUGCCGUGGAGAUGGAGUAUGAGGCUUUCAGAACCAGCAAAAUGUCCAACUUGUACAAGGCAAAUGUGCUAAAGAAGGUAGCGGAGAUCAACAAAGCCUCGAAAGAAGGGGAGCUGUAUCCAGCAUCUGGGUCAGGAGCUGGUGGCGGCGGCAGCCCCAGGACGAAGUCUGAACCCGCAGCUGAAGAUGGCUUUCUCCCUGCAUCCCAAAUCUAUUCGUUUAAACCCAAGCGGAUAGGAGCUGGGUUUCGAAAGAGUUCCAGCUUGUUCCAGACUGCAGCCGAACUGCUGAAGACAAAGGAGGAGAGUGAUGCGACGCCUGUGGAGGGGGAAGUAGAUAGUCCAAACGGGCAAGGUGAUCGCGAAUGUGAUUCAGAAAUGGCCAGAGUCUCUGCCGUCAAGAGCAAAGAAAGGGUGGCCAAAGUAGUACACGAAAGUGCUGUGGAAGCAGUGCAGGCCCAUGACACGAAGGGACAGCAACCCAGUCCAGAUGCAGAUGCCUCCCUGUGGGAUAGCCCUACCAAGAAGGCAAAGCUCACCAAGAAGCAACAGCUGCUAGCAGAAGCAGCCAGAAAAGAAUCCCAGAACAUUUCCAAAUUCUUCUCUCUCACCAAAGCUGGACUUAAAACCUCAGGAUGUGUCACAGCAGAGGAAGACGAUUGUCCUGUGAGUGAGCUAGCUCAGUCUCUUUCUCAAAGAGAAUGUCAGGAGAAAGAGGAACCUCAGGAAAAUGAAGAUGUCUCAGGAGGCGCUAUGGCCAGGCAACCCCAGAUGGAAGCCCAUGAGUCACGGAAGAUGAAGGAAGCACUGACUGAGAGAAGUCAGGACUUGGAGUCGAAACACGACCCUGGAUCUGAAGCCACGCAAGCAGGAUUAGAUGGUCAGACAAAACCAAGCUGUGAUGAGGCCGGUAUAGAAAUCGAAACAACCUGCACAGGGGAACGUCAAGGCAGGAAGAGGCCAGAAUCAGAUGAGGAUCUGGAGAGCCCUGUGACAAAGAGGCUGCGGGCGGCAGCAUCUUCCAUCCUGUCACAACCAGAGGGCAAAGGCAUGGGCCCAGUGAAGAAGAAGGUGACUUUUGAUCCGAGUUUGUCACAGGUUGAUAAAGAAGGAACUACCAAGACCAUCCAGCCAGCGACCAAAGGCGUGUCCCUUAAAGAGACAGCAGAUAUUGUCGUCAAAUACUUGACCCCUUUCUACAAGGGUGGUAAAUUUGCUUCCAAGGAACUGUUCAAGGGAUUUGCCCGACACCUCUCCCACUUACUGACUGAGGAGAAGAAUCCCGUCCGCAAGGCUGUGAAAGAAGAAGCACAGAGACUCAUCAAGGAGUUUUUCAAAACCCGAGUCAGGUGUGAAAAUGAGACAGACUGGCAAGCGCUGCCCAGCUCAGAAACAUGAUGCCGGUUCUCCAGCGAUUUCCAUUCCCGGCUGCAGUCAGUGGAAUUGAAGGCUCACGGAGACAUGGGAGUUUUCCAUUCAUGUUGCUGCUUGUUCUCCACGGCAUCUGUGCCAUGAGUGUGGCCUUGAGAACAUCUCUAGGGAGGUGAUCCCUGGGAAUUUGUCCAUGGAGCUCCUCUGGUGCCUAAGGGACGAUGAAGUCCUUCAACAGCCCUUGCUAAGAGGUCUGGUGUGUGUCAAGGCUGCAUAGCUCUGUGGCCUCUCUCAGCCGGGCUGUGGUGCAUCCCGCUGCUGCUGCUGGCUGAGAAAGGCUUAGAAUUGCAGACUCUGAUUCCAAGUUGGGUGUGAAUCCUGCUUUUCCCCCCAGGUGUCUCUGACCCCCCCCCCCCCCCCGUCUUUUUAUUUAAAUGUUACCAAUAGAAGCCUUACGCUGAAAACACGUUCAAAUGCCCACGCUUUGCUCAGGGUUUGUAUGAUGGGAGCUGAUGGUUAAGUUCCUAGAGGGGAUAGUUUAUUUUGAAAAAAUGUUUAGGUUUAGACGAUGGGACGUCCAGCGUCUCCUUUCCCAAAGCUGGGGACCCCCUGCAGGCUUUAUUUAAAAAAAAAAACCCACACCCUGAAUUUUGGUUUUACUCUGGCCAACUCUGUGUGUUCUUUAACUGGCAUGGGCAUUAGUGCCUUAGCCUGGACAGACUGGAGGCUCUCUCGUCGUCCCCCACCCCCCAUUGGUUGUGCAUUAUAAGGGGGCAGCACCAAAGUUGAUGCACUUCCCUAGUAUUUGCUUAUAGCCCCCUGAUGCCCUAUCCCCUCACUGUGCCUAAACCAGGGACUUAGGACAGAGGAGGCUGCUGCUGGUACAGCCAAUUACCCACCCGGUGCUGGGCACUUGUAGACCCAGUAGCUGUGGUGCAUCUGCUGCUAUAUUUAUGCGAGGGCCUGAACUGGAGGGAGUCAGUGAGUCAUAACAUGACCCUAGUGUGCCCAGGUUUGUUUUUUACAUGUAGUUUUUGCGGGGCUCUGCCUUGGCUCUCUGCUUAGAGAAGAUACUGGCCUUGCUGGCAUUAGUCCUGCUGCAGGAUCAACCUGCAAUCUCAGAAGCCAGGAAUGGAACAGUCUUCUGAAUAGCUUGUACUCGGGGAAACUGGGCUUUUAUAUGUUACCGAAGGGUGUGCGGUAAACUGACAAUAAACUGAACGUCACAGUUACAAUGGGCUCUCUCUACCUAGUUCCUGCUGUUUCAUUACACGGGAUGUGCUCAGCAGCUCCUGGUUACCUUACUGAGCACGCACGGAGCGUUGCACUGUGAACACCUGGGUAAAAGCAGAGUCACUUGUCCCUUGAACAACCAACUGAUGAACUGAAUGUUAGGAGCUGGUGGCUAGGAAUGGGCAAUAGUGUUUGGAACACCCUUAGAAGUAAUUAGCUGCUAGCUGGAAUCUCUGUGCAGACCUCUUUAAGAGCCAGCCUCCAUUGGCAGCUAGCCUGAGUUUCCAGCAGCUCUAGCUCCGGUUAGUUUUUGAGGGGUGGUGUAAAACAGACAAUGAGUUAACUGUGCAUUGUAUGUCAGAUAUUUCCGCUUUUACCUGGGCCCUUGCUGCUUGAGCUGCAGCAGCAUGUGGGACUUCGCUAAGUAGUGGCUUUCAACACCCCGAUGCUCCAGAACUGCGUGGUCGCAUGGCAGCCUUUUGUGCUGCAGUAAGGUAAGUACUUUACAUGCUGUUAUUAUUGUGCACUAGCAUCUUUCAGAAGUGGCCAUAAAAUCAUCUGGCCUCUGCUUUGCAUUGCCAUUAAAAAUCCCCUGGAACUCUUUCUGGGAGUAGAGGAUUGCCUCCCUGUGCUUAGCCAAGACUUCCCAGCACGGGGGUUGUUCUGUUGUCUACCUACCUUUAGCGCUUGAGGCACUUGGUCCGUAGCUUGUCAGUCCAUGGGAUCCUGGUGGUUUGCUUUUGUUCCGUGUUCUGUACCUCCCAUGAGAGCUGAAAGGGAUAGGAGAAUCUGCCUCCUUCCAUGCUGACUAGUGGGUCCAGCCAGGAAACAUGUAGGGCACCCCCUGGGGUGCGUGAGGGGGAUUAAUAGGUUUCUAACAAGAGAACUGGCAAAGGGCGUUAGACCCUCUGCUGUCAAUUGUAGUGUUUCUCUUCCUCACAGUGCCCUGGGAGAAGGGAGGGUGGGGCCACUUUCAGUUAGAGCUCUCUCCUGCCUGUGUGGGUGACAGAGAAUAUACAGGCAACAAAUCUAAAGCAGCUGGGGUCAAUUCAAAGGUGAAGGUUGAAUUGUCUUGAGGAUGGUUUUGUUUUUGUUUCAGCUAAUGGUUAAUGUUAUACUUUAUACUGUGCUAUAUUUAAUAGUUAAUGUUAUACGUUGCUUAGGGAGAGGACCAGCCAACAGAACUCCUGGCUUCUAGUGCCAGCUCUGUUACACAAUGAAGCAGAAAGCCAUUUAAGCCCUUUGACAGAGCGGCGGAUCCUCUUAGCACAUGGGCUGCUGGGGCCAGAAUGACACUGCACUAUAGCACUCUCCAGAUGAGGCUCUUUCCUAACCCUUCCUUCCUUCCCACCCUGCAAGAGGUUGUCGUGCCCCUGGCAAACAGCUGGAGCAUGGGCAGCUAGAGUGCAAGAUUCGUUCAUGGCUCAAAGUGGGAGCCAUCAGCACCAGCAAGGAAGGCCUUUUAGCCUCUGUGCCCAUGUAGUCAUUGGAGUUAGUUACAGGAUGGACACUUGGCUACCAGGAACUGCUGCCUUCCCCAAUUCACAUCACAUUAUCCCCAGUGAAUUCCUAGUGGGGGGCCAAUGUUCAUGCGUCAAGCAUCGAGGCCGGCUUUCAACAGCCGGCCCAAGGGGCCGUGUUCAUUCCCAACCUGCUCGUGCUUGUCAAACCUCCCAGAAAGUGCCCCUGAGCCCCCACUAACAGAACAGCCUCUUUGCCUAGUGCACGUGGAAGCCAACGGUUUUAUUUUCAUAGCUCCAAAAACCGGAAGGAAGCGAGACUUUAAUAAUUUAUUGGUUAUUAAAUAUUUCAGUGAUUUUUUUCCCCCCCACAGAAGUGUAAACACCUCUCCCCCAGCUGGAGAUCUAUAGUAAUAAAAUAAAUUAAGGAUUUAUUUUUA